AUGCGCUUGUCUAACUACAUUGUGUCAGGACUACAAUUCAGCACUAUCUGUGCGCUUCUCUGUUUCCUCGUCCCACGUCGGACAACAGCCUAUAGGCAGAGAAAUUCCGCCGAGUACCAGGAUUCCACGGCUUUGGAUUUCGCUGCAGACAGAAGCAGUCUGGAGGCCCAUAUGAGGCAACACACGAGAUCAUAUUGCACUUGUGGCGAAGCUCUCCUCCAAAGCAAGUUCUGCAAACAUGAUUUCGUUGUCGUGGCAAAGCGCAAAUCACCGAGAACCCAAAGGUUUAAUGGCAUUCAUGGAUCCGGUCCGUGGCACUUCGCUGGCACUGUCAUCACACUCAGUGUGGAGCAUGUAGUUAAGGGAUCGCUUGAAGUGAAUAAGAAUGCUGACUUUCACUUCAUACAAGGUUCUACGUGCGGCGUAACCCCUCACAUGAUUCCCCGAGAAAACAGCACCUUUUUGAUAACAGGAUUUCACCUCCGCUUCCCAGGCUGUGAUAAAGUCCAUCAAGACAACUGUCUGCAGACUAAGGAGCUGUUUCUUGUUACGCGAUGCAGCGCAUCUCAGCCGCUCGAAAGCCUCUCCAUCACGCAGGUUGCCGGGCUGUUUUUGGAUCUCUACAGCUGCAGUGCCGGCUCGUGUAGCGAACUUCGACCAUACUUCUGGGAGCCAUUACCUCAAAGCCCAACACCGUUCACCUGCUCUUAUUCCUACACUGCACUUCGUUGCUACACCAGAUUUGCCCUCUGUACGAAAUCCUCCCUAACACCGAACACCUGUACAUUUCGUGCCGUGAAUCGUAUUCCCACAAGCCAAAGCGUGCUGGCUAAACUCCCACCCGUGCUUCACCCAACCAUCCACGGAGCUUUAGCAUCCCAAGUGACCGACGAACAUCGGUUUCGCGCAUGUCUGAGGCAUUCGGGCCUUGCCUGA